AUUUGUUCAAGGCAGUCCAAAAGUCUUGAAAUGAUAAAGUUUUUAUCUACAAUAGUGUUUCUUCUUGUUUUAGAAGUCAAUUUCAGUUUUGCAGGAAAAAAUGUUGUCUGCUACUACGCAACAUGGGCCACUUAUCGACCUGGAGAUGGAAAGUUUGACGUGGAAAACAUCGACCCCAACCUUUGCACCCACUUAAUGUAUGCGUUUUUCGGGCUCAAAUCCGAUGGUACCGUGGACUUUAUAGACACGUGGAACGAUUUGCCAGUUAACGGCGGUUUAAAUGCCAUCGCCAGGUUUAACAACUUAAAAAGGAAAAAUCCAUCGCUCAAAACAUUGGCCGCCAUCGGUGGAUGGAACUGGGGCUCCGCCAAAUUCUCGACGGUCGCCAAAAGUGCCACGUUGCGCAGCAAAUUCGCCACCGAGGCGCGAGUAUUCUGUCAAAAGUUCGGUUUUGAUGGAAUCGAUAUCGACUGGGAAUAUCCGGCGCAGCAGGACGGAGAUCCUUCGAUGGACAAGGCAAAUUUCGUGCUUAUGUUGAAAGAUUUGAAAACCGAAUUGAAAAAGUACGGACUGCUGCUGACGGUGGCCGUUGGAGCUGCUGAAAGUUCUGCUUCACAAUCGUACGACAUUCCCCAGAUAUCGAACAACGUUGACUUCAUCAACCUGAUGGAGUACGACUUUCAUAUGGCGUCGGAGGGAGUCACUGGACAUAAUGCUCCGUUGAAAGCCAGAUCCGCAGAGUUAAACACGUGGAAGAAUGAACUCAAUGUUUACAGUAGUGUGCAGUACUGGCUUAGCAAGGGAGCACCGGCGUCCAAGCUUAAUCUGGGAAUGCCGUUGUAUGGUCACACUUUCACCUUGGCGAGUGCAUCUAAUAAUGGAGUUGGAGCUCCUGUUACAGGUCCCGGAGUUAAAGGGCCCUACACACGAGCUGAUGGUACCUUGGGAUACAACGAGAUUUGUGAACGCAAGCUGACUGGAACGUGGAAAGAAGUGUUUGACAACGAGCAAAUGGUUCCCUACGCUUACAGUGGCAACCAAUGGAUUGGAUAUGAUAACGUUAAGAGCAUCACGGAAAAGUGCAACUUUAUCAAAACCAACGGUCUGGCGGGCGGAAUGUUCUGGUCGAUCGAAACCGAUGACUUUUUGGGAAAAUGUGGAACCAAAUUUGCGCUCAUUUCCGCCUUAAAAUCUUGUCUUGGAACAGGAACAGGCGCGAUAACGAACCCGUUAACGGUUACUACUACCACUACUACUACAACUAAGAAGCCAACUACACCCAGUAACUUCAAGUGCACGACGACCGGAUACUUCAGGGAUCCAGUGGACUGCACCAAGUUUUACUACUGCCAAGGAACUUACCGGAAUGAUUUUGUUUGUCCUGCUAGUUUAUACUAUUCACCUGCUAUAAAUAGGUGUGAUUGGCCACAAUAUGUUAAAUGUGCUCGAUCGGAAUCAACCACCCCACUGCUGGUCACCGGAUCCGACCUGGUUCACGGAUCACCGGCCACUACCGAGUUCAUCAAGCUGGCGGAAAUCUUCGAAGAUCCCGUUGAGGCGAACGGCAAGGUUAAGGCAAAACGAAACGUUCCACUUCGAGGCGUGGACGAGCACGAGCACGGUGAUUCGCUGUCCUUCAAGCCGGAACACAACGAGAAUGAGGAUGACUUGGCGGUCGCAGAAACCCAUCUGUUCCGGCCGCUUUUCAAGUACAAGUCGGUCAACUCCGAGCGCAGACACAUCCGGCAGCCGACGGUCACAACCAGCAUCACGGACGACGGUCCCGACGUGCACGACUACGUAAACUAUGACGAUCUGUCGUUCAGCAAGGAGUCCGGUGUCUUCGAAGCCGUAACGGAAACCAACCCAAACCAGGAAGAUCAACCCAUCCACGUCCACGCGGUUGUGAAGAGGAGUGACGUGCUUGUUCCCAGAUUACAGUCCAUUGCCCUGCUCAUCCCGGCAUCGGCGGCGUCUGCGACGUCGGUUUCGGCAGACGAAAGUGACAUGGAAGUCGCCGAGACGCACCUGUUCCGGCCCGUGUUUCGGUACAAAUCGCAAUACACCGAGAGGAGACGUGUCCGACAGCUGCCGGGACAGUUUGGUGCGGUGAUAGUGCAAAAGGCCACCAUCGACAAACACCUAAAAUCGCAAACCCACAUCGGAAAGGUCCAAAAGCAGCCAAAGGAUGUAACGCAUUCCGUGCAAAAACAAACAACGGUGGUGAGCGCAUUCCACAAAGCCACAGCAUCUCGUGAUGCGCGAAACGUUUCGCAAUUUGAACUCGUGGAAGCUUUCGCAUCUGCAAACAUUCCGCUGUACAAGCUUGAUCAUCCGAAGCUCCGAGACUACCUGUCAAGGAAUGUCAAAAACCUUGGAGUGCUUCCACAGUCCACGACCCUCCGAUCCCAAGUACUGCCUAAGGUUUUCGAUGUCGCACAGCAGGAACUGCGUCCAGCUGUUGCAGCAGCUUCUUCGAUCGUGACUGCCGCUGAUGAAGCCUCGGACCAGCAGGAUAGGUUUAUCUUGCACAUUGUUUUUAUCCUGCCCGUCACUUCCGGACAACAAGACAAGAUGGAGGCAGUCACUGCGGAUCUGGUUUUUCUGGAUAAGGUGAACGCUACAACCGUUUCGAGAGCUAUCAUUCAGACGUUGACCAAGUUUGACGUCGAUUUUGACAAGGUUGUCGUCGUGCUGACGGACAACGCAACUUACAUGACCAAGGCCGUGACCAGCUUGAAAGUGCUCCUGCCAAAUUGCAUUCACCUCACAUACAACGCUCACAUUCUGAGUCUGGUGGAACUGAACGAUCUGUUUAAAACGGAUUCGGUUCGGGUCGAUGUCGUCUUUAUCAUGAUGACCUCGGCCAAAUUGAUGGACCUGCUGACCUGGUUCGAGAACCGUCAAGUAACAAUCCAUUUGGCUUACAACAAGGUGGUUGACCUGAUGGCCGGGUUCGGUUCCAAGGGAGAGAAGGAGAAAAACAAGAUCUACAAGAAGGCGUUUCAAGAUGCAGCUGCCAAGCUGAACCAAUACUACACCGAAACACCGAAACUUUCACCAGUCAACUGUAUGGUAUUACCCCCAAUUCAAUCUUAUAUAAAGAGAAGUAGAGUAUCAAUUCCGAUUAGUUUUCAUCGGAAUUUGACGCCACAACGAACGUCUAAUCGCGUCACCUCGAGAAUCAUGACACCAGUCUUUGCCAUUGGAUUACCACUGAUGGCACUUAUAAUUUCAACUUUUGCAAUCGAACCAUCAGGAAACAUUGUGUGCUAUUACGGAACUUGGGCCACCUACCGUAACGGAGCGGGUCGUUUCGCAGUAGAACAUAUCGAUCCGUUCCUGUGCACGCACCUCAUCUAUGCCUUCGUCGGAAUUCACCAGAAUGGAACCAUCUCGAUACUGGAUCCUUGGCUGGACUUGGAGGACAAUUGGGGUUUGGGAACGAUGCGGAAGUUCAACGAUUUAAAGCUGGUGAACCCGAAGCUGAAAACUCUGGUAGCGAUUGGUGGCUGGAACGAGGGCUCACUAAAGUUUUCAACCGUUGCCCAGAGUCCAGCAUUGAGGUUGCGAUUGGCGAAAGAUGCCGCGAAAUUUUGUAAACGGAUGGGAUUCGAUGGGCUCGACGUAGAUUGGGAGUACCCUGGGCAGAGGGACGGAGACCCAAGCGUUGAUCGAGAAAACUUUGUUGAAUUGCUGUCGGAUUUGAAGCAGGAAUUCUCCAAUCGAGGACUGCUUCUGACUGCUGCGGUGGCGGCAGCGGAGAACUCGGCAGCUAUUUCGUACAACAUUUCUGGGAUUUCGACACAUUUGGAUUUCAUAAAUCUAAUGGCGUAUGAUUUACACGGUCCUUGGGAAUCUGUAACAGGUCAAAACGCGCCUCUCUACGCUGGUUUAAAUGACAAAACCGAAGUUCAACGUCAACUGAACGUACAGGCUUGUGUUAGCUACUGGAUUCGGCAAGGUGCUCCUGCCGAGAAGCUUAACCUGGGGGUAGCAUUCUACGGAAGAUCAUUUACGCUGCGAAAUGCUGGUGACAAUGGGAUUGGAGCUCCCGCCGGUGGACCUGGCCGUGCUGGACCGUAUACGUACGAAUCGGGAUUUCUUGGUUACAAUGAGAUUUGUGAAAAGUUACAAUUUGAGAAGUGGAACCACUGCUGGGACAACGAGCAACAGGCUCCUUACGCGUACAGUGCGAAUCAAUGGGUUGGCUACGACGACCCAGAAAGCAUCACAUUGAAGGCCAACUUUAUUAAGCGAUACGGAUUAGCCGGAGCAAUGGUAUGGUCAAUCGAAACGGAUGAUUUUCACGGCAAAUGUGGUGAAAGGUUUGCCCUGCUCUCAACGCUCAACAAGGGAUUAGAGCAUGAUGAGGUGACUAGUACAACCACCAACGCACCAACUACUAUCAGCACUUCAACGCAUCACCCUGAAAGCACUACCACUACGGAAGAAGGAACCACCAGCAUCUGGGCAUCAACUAGUACAACUACUGAGGAUCCUGGCCCGAUUAAAUGUGUUGAAACUGGAUACUUCCGAGACCCAGAAGAUUGUUCUAAAUUUUAUUUCUGCGAGGGUGCCACCCUACAUAGCUUUCAAUGCCCGGCAGGAUUGUAUUUUGAUCUUUCGAUACUAAGCUGUAACUAUCCAGAAAGGGUAGAAUGUUGUGGCAGUAUUGUUCUGGGGUUGGUGCUUCUUACUCUAUCAAUUUCGAUGGCAUUAACUGAAAAGAAAAUCGUGUGCUAUGUGGGAACGUGGUCCGUUUAUAGGCCAAACCGUGGCUCGUUCAACAUAGAAAACAUCGAACCUUCGCUGUGUACGCAUUUGAUGUACGCCUUCUUCGGAAUCAAUGAAGAUGGAACCAUUCGGAUUAUUGACCCGUACUUGGAUUUGGAGGAAAACUGGGGCCGAGGUCACAUAAAGCGAUUCAACGAGCUUAAACUACAGCAUCCAAAGCUCAAGACGAUGGCCGCCGUCGGUGGAUGGAACGAACGGUCUCAUCCGUUUUCUGUGGUUGCUGCUAGUCCAACUCUUCGACAGCGAUUCAUCAAAGACAGUAUCAAAUUUUGCAAAAAACACAACUUUGACGGGAUCGAUCUGGACUGGGAGUACCCUGGACAACGCGACGGUAACGAAUUAGUUGAUCGUGAAAAUCACGCAACUUGGUUGGAAGAAAUACGACGAGAAUUUGAUCGUGAAGGACUCCUCCUUUCUGCUGCAGUGGCAUCGGCGGAAUUUUCCGCCAGCAGGUCGUACGACAUUCCACGGGUUUCAGCAGCACUGCAUUUCAUCAACGUGAUGACCUACGAUAUGCACGGUUCGUGGGAUCCCUACACGGGGUUCAAUUCCCCACUCUACUCCGGAGCUAAGGAUGUGACGGACCUGCAGCAGCAACUCAACGUAAAUGCAAGCAUUCACUAUUGGAUCGAGCUGGGUGCUCCAAAGGAAAAGAUCGUAAUGGGCAUUCCUUCCUAUGGAAGGACCUUCACUCUGGUAGACGCGAGCGUCAAUGGAGUUGAAGCACCUGCCUCGGGUCCGGGAAAGGCCGGACAGUAUUCAAGAGAAGCAGGGAUGAUUGGGUACAAUGAACUAUGUGAAAAGUUUCUUUCGGAAAAAUGGGAUAUUACUUGCAAUGAGAAACAGUUGGUCUGCUAUGCCACCAGUGGAAAUCAGUGGAUCAGCUUCGAGGACGUCAAAUCUGUGGCGCACAAGAUGGACUACUUCUCCCAAAUGAACCUCGGCGGCGUAAUGGUUUGGUCGCUGGAAACGGACGACUUCCAUGGCGUUUGUCACGAUACGCGAUACGCGCUGAUGAGCGUCAUUUACGAGCACAUUUACGGACAAUCACCACCGUUGAACAACACGACCACUGCCACUCCUCCUCCAUCAGGUUCCUCUCCGACUCCUCCUGGUGGCUGUUCACCCGAGGGCGUGUUCCCGAACGAAGAAGUCUGCGACAAGUACUUCAUCUGUGACUCCAACGGACGUCGGUUCGAUUUUUCCUGUCCGGCCGGAUUGCUGUUUGACCCCGUGCUUGCUCUUUGCAACUGGCCCCAUCUGGUUGAUUGUGAUUUGUGAUUUAAAAUUGAUUCUUUGUGUUCUAUUUGAAAUAAAAAUACUUUUUAUUUAAAGCUUCUCGCAUAGCAGAGCA